UUAGUUGCGCAGAACGCUCUAAACUGUUGAUUACAGUUUUGCUCAAAGAUAAAGAACACAAGCGCUGCUCUAAAAGUCAGACGAAAGAAAUCAUGCUGCAAUGUGUUUGUUGCAAAUGCGGAGCGCUCGAUUGCAACGCAGGUUCGACUUUGUGCCUCGCCUUCGCGGGAAGACAUCAAGAUCAUUGUUUUUGUUGUGCGCAGCCACCUCGGAUGAAAUGUAUCCACUGUAAUAUGUGGCGUGAGUUAUCGCCAAUGGAGGCGCACGGGCCCUGUGUUGGCGGUUCUUUGCAUGUAUUUGUCUAUUCGGAGCCAUGGCCGCCGUUCCCCGAUAAUAGCCCAUUAUCGCCGCUGCGCGCUAUGCCAAGCACGGACGGCGAUACGGAGCAAAUAUAUAGAGCCCCCGACUCACCAGCACAGUCAAAGGAAAGCCUUAACGACAUCGAGCGCGAACCGUAUUCAGUUGCAGACGACCACAUCGACAGCCCGGUGUCUGUCAUAGAUCUGGCCGACGACGAUCAAGAGGGGCAGCAGGACGCGGAUACAAUGUCCGACGUGGAUAUCAAGCCAAAGCUAUCAGUGAAAUGCCAGUGGGUGAACAUAUCCGAUAUACAGAAGUGGACAAAUUGCCAGCGCUGCGGCCUGGUGCGAAUCCAAAAGAAGGGCUGGCUGCGUCAUGUGCAAUCGUGCGCACAAGACCCGAAAUACAGAUCGAAUAAAUUGUUUAUACACCUCCACACAAAGGCCUGGUGCGGCAUGCUGGUGCGAGAUAUUUACUGGGACAAGCACACUCAUCCCGAGAAUGGGACAUGUGAUAUGUGCCGUCUAAGCCGCAUGAAUAAUGUACCUUUGCCAUAUCAACCAAAGCCACCGCCACGCAAGAACGAGAUCACUUUGGAGAGAAAUCGACGAUCUCGUAUGAUAAUUAGCCGUAGGAAACGUAGACAAACAAUUGCCUUAGAUACGGUUAUACACAAUGCAGGCGGCACGGACUCCAUGCAAAUUGUUGACUGCUCUUCGCUACGUCAAAUCUAAGGCUCGUUCUAAGCAAGACAAAAAGUAGCACCAUUAUUAUGUUUACUUUACUUUAGCUAUGUAUGUAUAAGUAUAACGCUUUAUUGACCAAAAGUGCAUUACAUGUGUAUCCAAAGGAUUAAAAUAUCCCAGUUAGACGACUGGUGUGUCAGGAAAUUCAUAAGAAGUAUAACAAAUAUAUCCAAGUAUAUCCGAA